UGGUAUAUGGUUUCAUAUCAUAGCGUUUAGCUAAUCUGCAUUUAGGAUUCAAAACCAAUAGGUUUUGGAAUAUAUGUAUGGACUAAGGCAACAGGGAUGUAGUAUUGCCAAUAUACUGUAGCUAAGAGCUGUGCUUAGGCAUGGUGGAGUGCUGGGCAUAGCUGUGGUAUAUUGGCAAUAUACCACAAACCCUUGAGAUGCCUUGUUGCGAUUAUAAACUGGUUACCAAAGCAACUAGAGGAGUGAAAAGUGACUUGCUAUAUUGUCUUUUAUAAACCGCUGUUUUUAAUGCUGAUUGGCUGACCGCUGUGGUGUACGUGCACAACAAGGCAUAUUCUGUUUAUAUUACUUGAAUAAUACUUAAAUUCGUUCACCUUACUUAUAUAUUGUCAUAGUCAGGAUUACCAUGUGAUUGAUUGACCGGAUAUAUUAGACAUGUUAAUAGUAUAUUGAAACGCUUUUCACAGCUUUACAAGAAAAACAAUUAUUUAGGAUUCCAGUAGAAAAUAGUAUUGUCUGUUAUAUUUUGGAAAAUAUUAAAUCCUACUGGUCUUCUUGAUUAAAGCGUGCAAUCCCAAAUAAUUUUCAUGCGAUCGAGGUGUGCACCUGGACCAAACAUAUCCACAGGCGUACGCUUACCUGGGUUGGAAGGAAGUGGUGGGGUAAAUACCUUUUCCCAGACACCUACAACAGCAAUGACUGGCGACAGGUCGCUCCUCCCAAAGGUGUGUUGUAAUGGGGUAGGCGGGAAAGAAGAGGUGCAGUGACAGUUGAAGGAAGGAAGAUAAAAACGCCCCUACGUCAGAAUAAAAAGGUGAUGAAUUUCGCUGGUAGUGAUUGUUCAGUACACCCUACAGCAGACAUCUCGACGAACCCAAUUACCGGUGAUUUAAUGGAGGUACAAGGGCAGUGGAUGGAGGUGUUUGAGAGCUCUGACAGGCGGGACGCUGGAGGGCAGGACGGCCUGCCGCGUAGCUCCACACUGACUUUGACUCCUCUGGUGGCCGAACAUCCUCCCCCUCCAGUUCUCCGCUCCCAGCCCCUUGUCAUCCGCAGAAGCAGAAUGCAAGGUGUGGAACUGUCCUCCUCGGUGCCCUCUAUACCCAAUCCUUUUCCAGAGCUGUGUAGCCCCUCUCAGUCCUCAGUCCUGACUGGUUCUCCCUCACCUCCGAGAAGUGACACCCAUCUGAUCAAGGUGUUUGGCGAAGACAGUCACAGUCGCUCCCUGUGGGUGUCACCCAGGGCUACGGCCCGGGAUGUGUGCCGUAUGUUGGUACAGACGGCCCACUGUAGCGACCAGGAGAACUGGGCUCUAAUCGAGUUACAUCCGGGUCUGGGCCUGGAGCGAGUUCUGGAGGACCACGAGGUGGUGGUGAAGGUGCAGGCCGCCUGGCCCCCGGAAGGCGACACCAAGCUUCAGUUCCGCAAGAACUACGCCAAAUAUGAGUUUUUCCGGAAACCAAUGCUGUUCUUCCCAGAACACAUGAUCUCAGACAGUGCCGAUGUCACCAAGGGAAUGACCUCAGCUGAGCUCAUUCAGAAUCUGCUCCAGUCGGGUACAUGUCCUGAGAUACAAGGCUUCCUCCACGUGCGAGAGCCCAGCCGCAAGGCCUGGAAGAAGGUCUACUUCUUCCUCCGACGCUCAGGCCUUUACUGCUCCACCAAAGGCUCCUCAAAGGAGCCCCGUCACCUCCAGUAUGUGGCCGACCUGGAGGACCUAAAUGUCUACAGUAUCACUAACAGCCGCAAGCUUUACGGAGCCCCUGUGGAUUUCACCUUCUGCGUCAAGCCAAGCAAAGACCGCAUUCGUGCGCAGGACUUAAAGCUGCUGUGUGCAGAGAACGAACAGACGCGGACCUGCUGGACGUCAGCGUUUAGACUCUUCAAGUGUGGGAAGCAGCUGCAGUGUAACUACCAGAUGUCCCUGUCAGCCCCCCGCCGGACGGAGGCUGUGUCCCAGCGCUGUGGGUCAGACGCCAGCCUGGUCGCCAUGGACUUCUCGGGGAAGGCUGGGGGCCGGGUCAUCCAGAACGCCUGGGAGGCCCAGAGUGCAGAGAGGGAGGAGGGACAGGCCUGGAGGAGGAGAGAAGCCUUGAGGUGGAGCCUCCCCAACCUCUCCCUGGGAUCCAGCCCCUCCUCCGUCCACAGAACCCAGCCUUGGUUCCACGGGGGUGCGUCGCGGAAGCAGGCCCAGAGGAUAAUCGAGGAGCAGGGAUUGGUGGACGGGAUGUUCCUGAUUCGUGAGAGUCAACAGCAUUCCCAGUGUUUUGUCCUUUCGCUGUGCCACAAGCUGAACACCAAACACUACCUGGUCAUCCCUUGUGAGGAGGCUGGUAGGAAGUACUACACAAUGGACGAUGGCCUCACUCUCUUCAUUGACCUCCUACAGUUGGUGGAGUUCCAUCAGAUCAACAAAGGCAUCCUUCCUGUCUGCCUCAAACACCCAUGUAUAUGUGUGGCCCUCUGACCCAGACAUGGCUCACUCCAUCUACACCAUAUGGCCGCUGGGUCACCCCAUGUGACCACUGGGUCACCCCGUAUGACCACAGGGUCACCCCAUAUGACCACACGGUUUAUCCGUAUGACCACACUGAUAGCCUCCAGACCACAAAGCCGCCAGGGCUCUGUUAGGUUAUGAUUGUUGUGUAAAUUCUGAAUUUUGAUAUUUUUGGAAAUGUUUAAGUUAUGCCUGUAGAUUUCAGAUUGAGUUGUAAAGUAAAAUGCAUGCCCACUCCUGGGUGAAGUACCAUCUCAGCAGACAGUUGGCUGGGAGGCUGCAGCUGAUGUAUUGCAUUAAAAAGCACCUUUAAAAGUGUGGAAAAUAAUACUGAGUGCCAGUUCUUGAGUGCCACCAGAGGGCACUCUUCAUGCACAGAACAGCAGAGCCAAAGACGUGAGCUGAAUGUACUGUGUGGUGCAGUGUUAAGAAUGUUACAUAUGUGUAAAGUUACAGACAAUCCAUAUUCUUCAGGAAUGAUCAAACCGGCUCUAAACAAUACAUGUCUUUCUGACGUUUCUUUAAAAUUUCAUCCUCUUGAAUAAUACUGUUGCCGCUCUUAAUGUCUUCUGAAUGUUUUGCAAUGACACAUCUAUGUGAAUGUUUUAUGGUUUACUGGGUUUAAUGUUUUUUAAACAACCGCAACAUACUAAGUGCCUUGUAAAUUCAUACAACACUAAGCACCCUUAACUGCAUAUUUUUGCACAAUGUUGGUUGAGGGAGAAAUAUUUUGAUGUCUUGCUUUUUGCCGCUAUGAAAGAGAAAUCUGCAGGCUGUUUAUCCCGGCCCUGCAUGUCCGCAAUCUGUACUCACUGAUAUUGUAUUUCAAUCAGUGACUUCUGAGAUACCUUUGAUUUUCGGAAUAUUGCGCUUCCUGAUAGAUGUUCACAUCUCAAUGCCUGUUUACUUGUAUUGCUGUCAAUUUUUUUUUUUUUUAUAGAAUUCCAAUUUUGAGAGUGUAUCAUAAAACAUGCCCAAUAUCCAUGUUUCUAUUUCAUAA